GUUGUGGGGAAGAGCUGUCCCCCCCCCCCCCGCCAUCUCAGAGAGGAGUCCUGCCUCACUUACAACCCCCUGAGCUGGGCAAAGGAAAAAGUCCAAGAUGUGAGACUGGCUCCUUGUCCAAUCAUCGCCCAAGGAGUGAUCUCCUGAUCUUUGGACCGAUCUCUCUGCUUUAAGAGGCAGCUGCAGCUCCCUUCCUCCCAGCCAAGCCUUUGCUCUGCAGCCAGCGCUUCUUCACCUGUGCUGCUGGCCCUCCCAGAGGAGGAAAGGGGCUCCACCUGCAACCGGCCAGCCUCCACUAUUAAAGCCAGAAGGCGGGGCUGCUGACCAGAAGCUGCCAUGUGCAGAGUGAUGUGUGCCAUGGGGCAGGUGCUGCUGUUGAUCCUGGCGAUGGCAGCUGCCCAGGAGUCUAUGCUGAACGUCUGCAUGGAUGCCAAGCACCAGAAAACCAAGCCGGGCCCAGAGGAUAAGCUGCAUGAACAGUGCUCGCCCUGGAAAGACAACGCCUGCUGCACGCUCAACACCACCCAAGCGGCCCACCAAGAUGCCUCCUACCUGUACAAUUUCAACUGGAACCACUGUGGGGCCAUGUCGGACAAAUGCAAGAAGCACUUCAUCCAGGACACCUGUCUCUAUGAAUGCUCCCCCAACCUGGGCCCUUGGAUUCAGAAGGUGGACCAGAGCUGGCGGAAGGAGAGAAUCCUGAAUGUGCCACUGUGCCUGGAAGACUGCGAGGGCUGGUGGGAGGAUUGCCAGGAUGACUUGACCUGCAAAGAGAACUGGCACAAAGGCUGGAACUGGACCACAGGAAUCAACCACUGUCCACUGGGCUCAAUGUGUCAGAAGAUGAAGAGGGUGUUCCCUACGCCCCAAGAUUUGUGCGAGAAGAUCUGGAGCAACUCUUACAAACAUACCACCUUCUCCCGGGGAAGCGGGCGCUGCAUCCAGAUGUGGUUUGAUCCUGUCAAUGGCAACCCCAAUGAAGCAGUGGCCAAGUAUUACGCGUCGUCGGGAGAGACCUUGGCCUUCCACUCAGCCCUGACUCUGUUGCUCUGUUCAGCCCUCCUGGGCCUGCUCUGAGGUUGGCAGGGACCCUUGGCUCCCCAGAACUUUGACUAACAUCAGCAAGGAGGGGAAACCCUCCUUCCCCGCCAUGGCAGGAAUCCAUGGGGCUUUGGAGUCCCCUGUUCAUCAGGACCUCUCACCCGAGUGUGUCUGCAGGAGGUUCUUGUGAUCUCCUGCUCUCCUUUGGAUGGGAAGCUGACCAUGAUGUUGACCACAAGAAUGCCACAUUCAGAGGUGUAAGAAUAAAUAUUAAGUCUUCUACAGCCA